GUCGACCUUGAGGACUGUGUUAUAUUCAAAGCUCGUAAUCAUAUGUUUAGGUUGUACAGAUGCUACAUAAGUCGUAACCAACAUUCGGUACUUCUUUAUAAUUACUCAUAAUGUGAUGCUUUCAGUACUGUGGACUAAACGAUUUACAGGCAGUGGAGAAGAAAUGGCUUCCCAUUAUAAGAAAAAUAGAUGCAGAUAUCGGAAAUAGGAACGCAUUAAAAUGCAGACAGUCUUUUGUGCUGUCGAUGUUUCCUUAUCCUUCGGGUAGUUUGCAUAUGGGGCACUUGCGCGUUUACACUGUCUCUGAUGUGCUGGCUCGUUACAAAAUGAUGUGCGGGGAAGCAACAAUAUAUCCUAUGGGUUGGGAUUCUUUUGGUCUACCUGCUGAAAAUGCUGCUAUUGACAGAAAUGAGUUUCCUCUCGACUGGACUAACAAGUAAGAAUAUACUUUCUAUGAAACAACAAAUGAAUGAGACAAUGUCGCUAACUGUUGAUUGGUCAAGAGAGCUGAGCACUUGUGAUCCAAAUUAUUACAAAUGGACUCAAUGGAUAUUUCUUAAAUUAUUUCAAUCAGGUUUAGCAUAUCACAGAUCAGCUUAUGUGAAUUGGGAUCCAAUUGAUAAAACUGUACUCGCUGAUGAAUUGAUUGAUAGUCAAGGGCGAUCUUGGCGUUCUGGUGCUAAGGUGGAACGUCGACCUUUACGUCAAUGGUUUUUUCGAACAACUGCUUAUUCUAAGUCUCUUUUAGAUGGUUUAAAAGACAUUGAAAAUAAUGAAUGGCGUGAUGUUGUCAAUCUGCAACGUGGUUGGCUUGGUAAUCUGAAUGGUACUCAAAUAGAAUUCGAUGUGAUCUCAUCUGAUGAACGACAGAGAGUUGAUCCACGUCAGCAUCAAAUGCUUUAUUCACCGUCAAUAGAUGGUCACUCAAUAAAGAGUAAAAAAGCCAAAGAUCGUCUAGUUGUAUUUACGAAAUAUCCAAGUUUAGCUGUUGCUGAUUUAAUCAGUUAUAUAAGAGUUGGUUCAGAUAGUGUAUACUUUGCAGAUAUGUAUAGAAAGCCAGAAGAAAAACGUGUCUUGAAUUUUAGUCGAAAAUUAGUUCUACACUCUGAUUGGGAUAAUCUGAGCAAUGCAAACAAGCUGUCUAUUGCAUCGUGUACAUCUGUAUCACCAUGGCCAGAGGUUUUAGACAUUUCUGUUCGUCAUCCACUUACAGGACGUUCAAUUCCAAUGAUUCGUGAUAAUAUCCCGUUGCCUAAACAUUCCAGAGCUUAUCCAAAUGAAUUAGUCUUUUCUCUACAUGGUCAAACAACUGAUCUCCUAUCAGAACUACUGGAUAUCCCGUUACCACCGGGAAAAUUAUCCUAUGGGAUAAAGGAUUCAUCAAAGGUGAACGAGUUGAAUAUUUCAAAUGAAGAUGAGUUAAGCCAGUGUGUUAUAAAUACUCCUAUUCCUGAGCUUCAUGGCAAGACAGUUGGUGAGUCAACGGAUAAAGCUAUGCAAAUGUUAAAGAUCAUUGGACGUGGUGGUUAUUGGUGUAGUGAUGACCGUACUGAUUGGCUGGUAUCUAGACAACGUUAUUGGGGCACUCCUAUACCGAUUAUACACUGUGAUACAUGUGGGCCAGUCCCAGUGCCUGAAGAUCAAUUGCCUGUUGUCCUCCCACCACUUGACGACGCCCUGAAACGAGGUGAUGAACCGUUGAAGCAUAAUGAAUCCUGGCGUAAGACAACAUGCCCUAAAUGUGGUAAUCCAGCCAAUCGUGAAACGGAUACAUUAGACACAUUUGUUGACUCAUCCUGGUAUUAUUUAAGAUAUUUGGAUCCGAAUAAUACAAAGGCGAUAUGUGAUCGUGAAAAAGCUGCUAAAAGUUUACCUGUUGAUGUAUAUGUUGGUGGUGUUGAACAUGCUAUUCGACAUCUUUAUUAUGCUCGUUUCAUUGCACAUUUUCUGUAUGAUAUGAAUAUUCUACCAUGUCGGGAACCAUUCAGACGUUUUCUUCCAGUUGGUUUAGUUUUGGGUCAAACAUACAUUGAACCACAAACUGGUCGUUUUAUUCCACCUGUAUAUGUGGAGAAAAUAUCAGUGUCUGAUAAAAAGGUUCAAUAUUAUGAAAAAGCAACAAAUACCCCACUUGAAAUGUAUUGGGAUAAAAUGAGUAAAUCCAAGUUGAAUGGAAUUGAUCCAACAGAGAUUGUCAGGAAAUAUGGUAUGGAUCUAGUACGUAUUACUAUGCUGUCUAAUGUUGGACCGCACAGGGCAAGAAAAUGGACUGAAGGAGAUGUAAUUCAAGGUGUCAUUAAUUGGUUAACUAAAAUGAAUCGAAUUAUUGAACAGUUAAUAGAAUAUUCUGUCCAUGCACAAAAUUCUAAUACAUCAUGGGAAUUAAAGUGUGGUCUGGAUGACCCAUUGUUGACGCAAUCUUCAAAUUUUCUUAAAUUUUAUGAAUCUGUUAUAACACGGGUGAAUGGAUAUUACGAUGAAACGUUUGUAAUUAGUGCAGUUAUUGCUCGACUUCAUGAAUUAACCGAUUUAAUUAGGAGAUCUUCUGUUCAUGCUGGUGGGCCAGGGCCGUCAAGUUUUCUUUAUCUUCGUGCAUUGGCUGAUCUAUUGGUUAUGUUGGCUCCAGUUUCACCGAUUUAUGCAUCUGAAUUAUGGUCUGGUCUUCAGUGUGCUCUGUCAACUAAUGCACCAUCAACAAUUCAUGAAAUUCUUUCCAGUCAUUCCAAUAAGAUGAUUGAUUCGAGUGAUGAUUGGUUCAAUCAUUGGCCAUACGAUUUGGAAAAACAUGUCCUGGAACAACCAUUCCCUAAAAUUCGUGAACAAGAUAGUCAAAUCAGUGUAGUGGACGACAACCAGACCAACAACGCUGGUUGUUUUGAUGUGGAUACAGGAAGAAGACGUGAAUCAGCUGCAACGUGAUGAUAAUGAAUGAAUGAAUUAGUGGAUGUGAAUGCUUAUGAUAAAUUUCUCAUUUAUAAGAUGGUUGAGAAAGGCGCCAUCUUAGUUUGAGACGUUGGCUGUAGCGUUUAUUUAUUCACCGAUAGUUUUCCUCACUACUUAUAUGUUUAUUAGUGGUAAUAGUAGUUAUUGUCGUUUUAUUCCUUUUGUAUAGUUUUACCUCCACUUUUCUACUCUUCAUCUGUUUUGUUGAAGAGGAAGGAGAAAAGAAGGAUGUUUGAUUUUUUAAUUGUUUAAGUGGUCUGUUAUCAAUAACUAUCCUAUGUGUAUAUAUGCUUUUUUUACUUCUUCAUAUUAUUGUCUCCCUUUCUUUCCUUUUUAAUAUUUGUGAAUACAUGC